AUGAAGCUCUACCUCAAAAAGAGAAGCGGCAAGUUCCUCGACGCCUGCGAGGUCUCCGACGAGUGCACAGUCGAAGAGUUCAAGCAGCACUUCUACAGGAAGUAUAGGUACUACCCGGAGCGGCAGUGGUGGACUGUGGGCCAGCCCCAGGGGCCGGCUUUGCGGGGUGAUGGUCUGUUGACGAGCUUUGGGGUGCAGGACGGCGAGACGCUUUUCUUCAAGGAUCUCGGUGUACAGAUUUCCUGGCGGCUGGUCUUUGUUCUCGAGUAUUUCGGGCCGCUUUUUAUAUUUCCGGCUUUUUACUUCUUUCCUUCGGUUUUCUACGGAGAGAAAAAUGCGCCGCCUAAGACCCUGACACAGACCGUGGCUCUGUGGCUGUGCGUGGGGCACUUCGUGAAGCGGGAGCUGGAGACUCUGUUUGUGCACCGCUUCAGCAACAGCACAAUGCCCAUAGUUCGCGUGCCCCUCAACUGCGGCCACUACUGGCUCCUCUGUGCAGCCAGCAUUGGCUACUUCCUCUUCCACCCCAAGUACCAGCCCCCCUUCAGGGGCGACUGGCAGUUCCUCGUUUACCUCCUCGCCGCGCUCUUCGUCAUCUUUGAGGCUUUGAACUUCAAAACGCACUUAAUUCUGCGGGGCCUCCGUUCUCGGGGCACUCGCCAGCGGGGCAUUCCUUACGGGGCUGGCUUUGACUUAGUGAGCUGCGCAAAUUACUUUUGGGAGACGAUGGCUUGGCUGGUCUUUGCUGUUUUGGUAUCUUGCUUCACAGCGUGGCUGUUCCUGGUAGUUGCAUUUGCCCAGAUGGCGGAAUGGGCUCUGAAGAAGCAUCGCAAUUAUCUAAAAGAGUUCAAAGAUUACCCAAAGAAUCGCAAGGCGAUUGUGCCAUUUAUUUUGUGA